CGUGCCGCGCGCGCGUUCGUGAGCGCCAAAACAAAAAAUUUGAGAACAUACAACAAAUAAAGAACAAGACAUAAAGAAAGCUGUUUAUCCCUGUCGACAGAAAUUGUAAAAGGAAAUAAAGUGUGGAAAAUGUUGCGACCGCGCUGCCUGGUGUCCUUUUUGGGACUCUGCCUGGUGAUCAGCCUGGGAAUGCGUUGCGAUGCUAGAGCGGUGAACGUGAGCAACACCUGGACGAUGCCGCAGGAGGGUCUGAACGUCUUCUAUCGCUUCUUUCGCGAUCGCAUUUCCUGGUUCGAAGCCGAUGCCGUCUGUCAAUUUCAUCACGCCAAUCUGGUGACGGUCGACAACAGUUUUCAAUUCGAUGCAACGCGCGACCUGCUGAGGGAAUUGGAUGUGAACGACAUCGUUUGGAUUGGUCUCAUGCGACCGCAGAACUCGGAUCGUUUUAUGUGGUCCAAUUCACGUCCCUUGGUGGCGGACACUGGUUACUGGGCCGAGUCGCUGCCCCUGAUGGAUGCUCCACUGUGCGCCGUCAUCGAUCCCAUACGAGAUUACCGCUGGCACGCCCUGCGCUGCGGUGGACCCGAAACGGCCUCCUUCCUCUGCGAAAUGCCAGUUCCCAGCUGGGCGGAUGCGUGCAUACUGAAGGACAUGCCCAAUUUGACCAUGCAGUACAUGGCGGAUACGGCCAGCAUCGAGCUCAUCCGCAAUUGCCAGGAGGAGGGACUGCUGCGACACACCUGCAAGGGCAAGGAGGAUCGCGAGCGUGCCAUCCGACAACUGAUCUGCCCCAAGGAGCGGCUGGAGGCGCAGCGCAUCAACGACAUCACCAACUCGCACUUCAAGUCGCUGCAGAUCAUCAACAACAUACGCACGGACAACAAGGAGAACAACGACAUCGAUCUGCUGCCCAACUAUGGCCGCCGCUCUGGCAUGGCCAUCAACAUCGAGGUGGCGCCACCAGUGCCGCCCGUCGCCGUCUCCGUUCCCGGAUUGGGUGAGCUGAUGCAGGCGGAUGCGCCGGGCGCCGUAUCGCUGUCCGGACUGUAUCGCAUACCCGAUUUGGUGCCCAAGCCGGUGAAGAAGGCGGCCAAGAAGGUGGUCACGCCGGACUUUGCCAAGAAGCUGCAGGGCAACCACCAGCAGCAGCAGCAGCACAAUCAGCAACAGCAGCAGCAGCAGAAGUCGCGCAAAUCGCUGGUGCACCAGCACGAGGAGGAGCUGAUGAUGGGCGACCAGCCGGCGCUGAGUGAGGAGCAACUGCCUCCGGGCAUGGCCAUGGGCCUGGGCAUUCGACUGCCUCUGAACGAGGAUGACAGCAACAGCGAUGCCUCCAAUGAGAUAUUCGAGCAUUUGCCGCACAAGAAGAAGAUCCUGCCGCAGGAUCUGCGCACCAUGGCUCCAAUUGUAGAAGCUAAAACGCCAGCGACCACAACAACAACAACACUGAAGACAACCACUUUGGCAGCAACAACCACUAGACCAACACCAAUGACAACAACAACAACAACAACACUUACACCAACAACAGCAGCGGCAACGGAAGCUACUGAGGAAGUGACCACACCGAAAGCAGUGGACACCACAAGUUCACAGGCGCCGGCAACAACCACGCGGCCAACAACAACCGUUAGAAGCACCACCAUAACAACGACCACUACAACAGCAGCAACAACUACGCCGCAAGCGGAGGAGAUAACAACAACAACGACCAGGAAACCAGAGCCAACAACCAUGGUGGCACCACGAACAACAAAAACCGCGGCGAGCGAAGCAGCAGCAGCAGCAGCAGCAACUAGCACAACAACAGCUGCAGCAUCCGCUGCCACAACAAGAGCAACAACAACAAGCACAACAGCAGCAGCAGCAGCAACAACAACAACAACAACUAGCCAUGCCACGCCCACGGACAACAGCAACAACAUGGCACAUCCCAUACACCCAUCGCAGCAGCAACACCACCAGCUACCGAUGUGGCACGAAGGCGCCACGUUGCAACAGCAACAGCAGCAUGCAACGCACGUCAACGAGUCCGCCGAUAAUACGCGCUUCAUACCGCCAAUGCUGCUGGUGAAGUCGCACUACGUGCCGCCGGCCAAACAUGCCAGCGAGCACGCGACCACAACAACACGUGCAACAACAACGACGAGUUCGGCAGCAGCAACAACUUCGGCAGCAGCAACAACAUCUGCAGCAGCAACAUCGGCCAAAGAGGAAGUGCAGCCAUCAACAGUAGCGUCAUCGAAGGGAGUGACAGCAAGAGGAGCAGCAACAACAUCAGCUGCAACAUCAGCUGCAGCAGUCGCUGACACUGUGGCAACAUCAACCGUGACAGCGACAACAGGUGCAGCUGUGGAGGUGACAACAAGCGUGAAAGUAGCUGAAGACACCGCAGCAACAUCGGCGACAAUGCCAGCAGCAACGGUAAUUGCCAGUGAAGCGCCACCAGCAGCAGCAGCAGCAGCAACAGCAACAACAACUGCUGCCAGAGCAGUCGCAGCUAAUGAAAUCAAAUCGAAUGCCACAGCAGCCACAGCAUCUGCAGCUGCAACAGCCAUACCGAAGCCAGUCAGGGAGUUCAGAUAUCCGCCAGUGAAUCAGGGAUCCUUCAAGGUGGACAACAACGGCAUGGGCAGCCCCGAGGAGGAGGAGGAGGUGGAGGACGAGGAGGGCCAUUUGGAGAGCGAGGCGGCCACAACGCGACACAACUUCCUGGAGGAGACCGAGGCGCCAUUCAAGCCAAAUCGACGACGCUCGCUAACCAAACCGGAAACGGUUAGCUAUUUCAAGAAGAUCUUGGGCUAAGAACGCCCGUAGCCCGGAGCCCGGAGUCCGAAGACCGGAGUUGCUGCAACCGUAAUCCGCACUAGUAACCGUAAACGUAAACUUAAUCGUAACAGCAACAGUAACGAACUGUUAAACCUUAAAUAAGAAAAGAUGAUGAUGAAGUACGAGUAUGACGUAAGAAGUACACUCCCUGCACAGCCAAGCGUAAUUGGUCUUCAAAAUCAGAGCAAAUUGAAACAGUUGUUGGCAUUGCCCCGCUGGCCAUUUUUUUAAAAGUCCCCCGGAGAAACAUCCCCCAUCCCACAUCCCACAUCCCACAUCCAGCAUCCCACAUUCCGGCCAAAAGUUUGCGGAGCUAGCGCUUCCCAAAGUCUUGUGUCUCCAGCAGAAAUGCCGGAAAUCCAAGCGGAAACCCAAAAGAAAACUCAGCUCAAGUCGACUCGACUUCAGUUGCAAGUACCGAAAUAUGUCAAUUUUUCACCGCAAAAAGAAGGAAAAGCAAGCAAGUGCAAACAAACAAACACGCACACUCAAAAGCAGAUACAGAUACAGAUAAAGAUACAGAUGGAGAUACAGAUAGCAGAUACACUUACAGCCGGAGAAAGUGCAAAGUCUGUCAGGUGGGGAAAGCGGAUAAAAAAAGAAAAAGAAAAAGGAUGGAAACCAAAACGCUGGAGGAGAUUCGAAUGGAAAAGCGGGGAGUGUGUGCGAUGCAAAGGCCAAAUCUAAAGUACGAUAAAUACUACGAUAAAAGUGUUUACAAACGUAUACACAGGGCGUCUGUUUUGGAUUUCCGUUUGCUUUGCCUACAAGCGACAUGUGGUCACACUGGUCCAAGUGCACAGAGCAGUGGAAGGUGGACAACACUGGAUGGCAAUUAUUUCGCUUUCCGUUUUAAAACAAAACGUUUAGAAUCCAUGGGAAAACGUUGCUUAUGUUUAAGGCUUCCUCAUGAAGCAUUCACUCCAUUAAAUUCCGUUUUUCAGUAAGUGCUAGCACUAAAAUAAUAUUUAUUUACUUUCCAAUCAGCAGAAGGUUUCACUUGCCACUUAAAAAUGACGUGCCAGUUGAUCCUAAACUCAGUUUUCAUUUUUCGAACAAGCUUAUGAAAAUCCAAAACAGCAAACGCCAUGCAAAUUACAUAAUUACCUAUUAAUUAUGAACAUAUGUAAUAGAUGUUGUUUUUUUUUUUUUGUGUAUGGAAAUAGUCAAAUACAAUUUGUGUAAGCGAAUAUAAACCAGUUUGUCAUUUGAGAAAAUUUUGAGAAAAUUACUUCGAAUGAAUGCGGCAAAUUGGCAGAGCGAAAAUAAAAUGAAAAAUGCGUUGCAAGAAGAAAUGAGCACACUUAAGAUUAAGCUAAAAUUAAACGAAUCGAAAGGCAAGUCCAAAGUGGAAAAUGAAACCGAAAAAAAGGCGCAGACGAGUCCCGAAAUAAAACGGAAAAAGCCGAAAAAGAAAAGCACUUGAUGUAGAGAAUUAUUUGUAGGUACUUCUGAGAGCAACGGGCAAAUUAAUGCGGUUCCGUUGGGUUGCUCUGGAAAAAAACCAAGAAAACCAAAAAACCAAAAAACCAAAAAACCGAAAAACCAAAAAAAACAAACACACAAAAACAUGCAGUAAAAUAGUAUAAAUGUAAACCAAAGUAAUGAAUUAUGAAUAAAAAGAAACCCUUUCAAGACAUUUAAA